AUGACCUCGCACCCAGUGAACGACGACGGCGCGCAGAAGCGCGACAAGGAGGAUGAUGAAAAGGGCGCGUCUCCUACACCGAAGAGAGUGGAAGUGGACGCGUGGAAGGAAGGAUGCUGUCACUGUGCCAUUUCUGGACAUCAACGGGGCAGCCUCAGUCAACACGGAUACGUCCCGUUGACGAGCUUGAAAGCCGACCCUGCCAGAAGACGACGUCAAGUGACUUUCUGCCAAACAUUCGUACCUAGCCACCAGAACUGCAUGCACUGCCGUAAGAAAUCUGGCCAUAAUUCCAUCAAGAACUCAUGUGUAUCUUCACCGGUUCUCUUCGCCACUGAGUAUCCUGCAACUCCGCUCGGCUGGUAUAAGAUGCACAGCCGACAGAGUAAUCCCGAUAGUCGUGCGCAGCAGGAAACCUUCCAUCGGGUCGCCCAGCGAGGUCAGGGCUUCCAAGUUGUGCAGGUCAGUCAAGAAGUCGCUGUCUUGCGCUGGGACGCGUUGGAGAGACGACAAGAAAAAAUGGAACCGGAUCCACGCUACGCCGACGAGGUUGCGCCUUCAUUUUUCUCUGCUGCAAGUCGCUCACAGCCUCCGAUGAUGUCUCUUGGUCGCGAGCGCGAGAGACAGCCGCGACAACUAUUCACUCCCUUGACGGUCACCUCAGCGAGGUCCACGCGCCUAGCACGCUCGGGUACAUCCUGCCCAUUCACAAAACAUCCUCCGCCCAAUGAGGCUUCUCACUCGCGGCAUGACUGUCUCAGCACCGCACAGAACACUUUUGACGCUGCUCACAACCUUCGUCGUGUUGCGGAAUAUAAGCUACAUAGGAUCGCUGAAGGGAGGGAGUAG